AUGACCUUCAAGGCGACCUCUGGGACCACAGGUCUCUUCGUUGCCGCUGCAGCUCUCCGUCUGCUUCUCUUUACGGCCUUCCCUGCUCUGCCAGAUCUACUUACCGGUCGUGUCGAGAUAUCCACCCCUGUGAAUAGCUUCAAGAGAUUACAAGAGGGUCUUUUUCUGUACAACCACAAUGUCUCGCCAUACGACGGCGGUGUCUACCACCAGGCACCAUUACUUCUGCCCCUCUUCUCCCUCCUGCCCGACACGACUGCCUACCCGAUCUUUACGUAUCUGUUAUACAUCAUAGUCGACCUUCUGAGCGCCAACGCUCUGUACAACAUAGCCGAAUCCGGAGAGGCUGGCGCGUCAAGGCUUUUCAAGUCGCCGCGCAGGGACAAGGCAUGGAGUGGCUACGUCGUUGCCGCCCUCUUCCUGCUCAACCCCUUUACCAUAGCCACCUGCCUUGCACGCCCGACAACCGUCUUUACCACGUGCGCCAUCCUUCAUGCCAUCUCCCAGGCAAUCUCCGGCCAGAUAUUCACCUCGAUGCUCUCGCUGUCCUUCGCCGCCUAUCUUUCCAUGUACCCAGUUCUCCUACUUCCGCCCCUGGUACUCCUCGCGUAUGAUCGGACAUACAAAUCGAACGGCCAGUCGCUCCUACAGUUCUCCACUGUCAAUGCCCUUGCCGUCACCUUGAGCCUAGCUGUGCUGUUCCUCUCAUCAUUUGCGCUGACGGGAUCGUGGGAGUUUCUCUACUCAACCUAUGGCAUUCAGCUGACCCUGACUGACUUGACUCCCAACGUCGGCCUAUGGUGGUACUUCUUCGUUGAGAUGUUUGACAGCUUCCGGUCCUUCUUCCUCGGCGUCUUUUGGCUGCACCUCUCAUCGUACACGCCCGCCUUGUCUAUUCGUAUUAGACAUCAGCCCCUGGUAGUCCUUACACUCCUCACUGGUAUCUUCGGCAUAUUCAAGCCCUACCCUAGUAUUGCCGACACAUCGCUGUUCCUGGCCUUGGUCUCGUGCUUCCGGCACGUGUUUCAACUACUUCGAUACAGCUUUCUGACAGGGUCCGUGGUACUAUACUCUACAUUCCUUGGCCCGGCUUUCUAUCACCUCUGGAUCUAUGCUGGAAGCGGAAAUGCCAACUUCUUUUAUGCCAUCACCUUGGUGUGGAGUUUGGGGCAAAGUCUUCUCGUGAGCGAUCUUGCAUUUGCAGCUCUUAGAGAUGAAUGGGAAGUCGAACGACCCGAAAUGAAGGGCAAAGAGAUCAGGCAAAUAUAG